UCCGGUACAACAGUCAGUGACGAAGCCGUCUGCAGGCGACAGACACGGAACCACAACUGAUUCACUUCUCAUCGCUUUUUGAAAACUGUAUCUACAGUGAAGAAGAAAAAAAAAGAUGUCCAGUCUGCCAUCAGAAGAAGUCCGAAGAAAAACUGAAAACGGAGUUUAAAAAAAACAAUCUUUAUACAGUCUGGAUCUCAAACUUCACAAAACACCUUAUACGGAUUCUGCUGGUGCGACCGUGUGUGUGUGUGUUUGGGACCUGGUGUGUGUCAGGAGGAUAUGGUGACGCGAUGUGCACAGGCUGGUGUGAGGAGAGAUGUACCAGCGUCAGUGGAGGAAGACGAAGAGGUAAAGGAGUGGAUCUUCAUUCAUGGCUGUGCGUCUCACUCUUGUUCUCUGUUCUGUGGGGCCAAGCGUCCCCCCAGUGCCCGGACAGCUGCCACUGCGCCUGGGACACGGCCACGGUGCAGUGCUCAGACGCCGGGCUGCGGGAGAUCCCAGAGGGGAUCCCGCCUGAAACUGUCUCCCUCCACCUGGAACGCAACUACAUCCGGAACAUCCCAGAGAGUGCCUUCAGCAACCUGGUCCACCUGCGGAACCUGUACCUAUCCCACAACCGCAUCGACUCGCUCGCCUCGGGGGCCCUGCGGCAUCUGGGCCCCGAGCUGCGCCUGCUCGACCUCUCGCAUAACCAGCUGAAGCAGGCCAACAGGGAGGAGUUUGGCUCCACACAUGCAAAGACACGCCUCUACCACAACCCCUGGCACUGUGACUGCGCCCUCCAGGAGCUGAUGGAGACUCUGAACCUGGAGCCCGAGACGGUGAACGGGAUCAUUUGUGAGAGCUCUGUGCGGGGUGUGGGUGAGGGGAGCAGGUGGGAGGACCCGGGGUCGCAGGGCGAGCACGCAGGUCAGCCGCUGGUCAAACUGUUGGAUUCUGGGGUGAACUUCUGCAGCCUGCAGAGGAAAACCACUGAUGUGGCCAUGCUGGUGACAAUGUUUGUGUGGUUCUUUAUGGUCAUUGUGUAUGUAGUGUACUAUGUGAGGCAGAACCAAGCCGAGGCCCGCAGGCAUUUGGAGUACCUGAAGAGUUUACCGAGCCCACGCAAAACCCCCACUGAGACAGAUACUCUGAGCACCGGUUUCUGAACUUAUACUUGGCUGUAAUUUAAAUGGAAUAAUCAAACAGCAGUCUUAUGGAGAGUGACUGAUAAACUUCAAAGUGCUGUGUGGAGUUACUGUAAGGCGACUGUGGAGGAUGCAGAUACAGAGGGAAUGGACCUUUUACAGCUGGGUUUUGUGAUUACAAGAUUUCUUUAUAUUUGUUACUGCUGAUCCCCCUCCCACGUUUUUCUUAAUAAUUCUUUUCCUAUUGCAUUUUCUUCAGUUUAUUGGUUUACCCAUUUCACCAUCUGCACAGAGAAGACAAGAGAGGAAAUGGAAAAAUGAUGAUGAAAGGAUGAAAUAAGAAUGUGUUCAAAGAAAUUGUUUGAACCUUAUAACCUUCUUCUCCCUUUGUAGUCCCACUUUCCUCUUCUUUUCUUCAUGCCUCAUACUGUGCCCUUUUAUCUUUCAUUAAGCUCUAAUUAGGAGUCUUUGACCAACUGACCCUUAAUGAACACUUGACAGGCACUAAUCAGGUGGAGUGUGUUUAUCAGGUCAAAAGGGAGAGUUUGCAAACUCAAACGUGUGUCCUUGUCUAAUUGCUUGUUUCAGUUGUGUGUUUGUGGGCGUGUGCGUAUGUGGUGUUUUUGUGCAUUGUUGUUGCGGCCAUUUUUUCUUUAAUAGCAUUGAUUUUGCACGGAUGCUAUUUAAGCCUUUCCCAUUGCACGGUCACUAAGCCAGUUGUUUCUGUGCUUGUGGAGAACUGCUGAUCUAAAUUUACUCUCAGGGAGCCAUUAGAGCUGGAGGUGAACUAUAUUGUCUCCGAGCUGCAGCCACCAGCUCCAAAAAAAAUCUGGCUUAGUGUUCAUACAGCGGACACUGAUUGGUAUAGAGAAAUCUCAACCAGAAGUGGGUCGCUGUUAUAAAUUACAUUAGUAUAGCCAUUUAUCCUGAGAGGAGCUGUUAGUUUAGCUUUAAUUAAUCUCUUGAGUCCUGCUUCCUCUCUGCACUGAUUGCUGUGUACAAAUGGUUCCGUCUCCCAUUUUCCAUAUAGGCUGUAUAACUGAUUUUUUUUAUCCGCUGUGGAAAUGAGCACUUUUUUUUUCAGUUAGUACAUUUAAUGCUUGUAAUGUUAAGAGUAAUGCCAUUCCUGACACGUCGGGCAUGUAUACUAUAGGUGCACUGAAUAUCCAGCUCAGAGUAAAUGGAACAAAGCGUGACUGGAUUAACAGGCACCUUUUUUAAUUUCACUUGAGUUCAUCGUAAUCAUAUUGACUGUGAGCUGGAGCAUUAUUCUCUGAGGGGAGGGGUUAUUUGUCGUUCUUCACAAAUACAAAUAGAAACUGUAAAAUGCCUCUCUUAAAUUUUUAGUCAGCAACAUUUAAUGUGAAUUUAGGACAGUGGUUCCCAACUUGGGGGUCAGAACCCCCACAGGAGGGUAAAUGAUGAAAAUACACAAAAUGAUGUUACGUUGUUAUUUUGUUUCUCAGAUGUUAAUAUGAGGGGUCAGGAGUAGCCAUUGCUCCAUUUUAACCGGUCUCAAGCCAAACAGGCUGGAAACAACUGGUUUAAGAGGAUGUUUUGAGCCAUGCUAGCGGUGUGGCUCUAUGGAUGGCAAUGUCGUUUUUGAUCUCUCGAUCAUCAACUUUUGGAUGCCUCAUGAUGUAAUUUGGUACAAACAUUCAUGUUCCCACCUGAAUUAAUUGUAAUAACUUGGUGAUCCCUUAACCUGCAAAAUAAUGACAUUAUUCCCAUCAUCCCCAGCUGUACUUUGUGUUCACUGCUAAUUAGCAAAUGUUAGAAUGCUAACAUGCUAAACUAAGAUGGUUAACAGUCAUGGUAAACAUCAACAUCAGCAUGUUAGCAUCAUCAUUGUGAACAUGUAGCUCAAAGUGCCGCUGUGCUGCUAGCAUGGCUGUAGACAAUUGCUCUUAUUCAUAUGUUUUUAAUCCCUGCCGGGUUAAAGUGUACAGUUACAAACUUCUAAGUGUUCAUGGAUAUAGUAAAGUAUAACUGUCCCCCAUUUUAUUUAACAAUUGGGUUGGUGAGAGCGGAGGCAAAACCUAGAAUAGGUCAACUUACUUUGUGUGCUGUAACGUGCUAAACGUGGUGUGCGUGUUUCGUAAUCUACAGAGGAAGACUGGUUCAAGUCUGUGUUGUUCAGGAUGAACACAUAAUUUGAAUUAGAACUAGAGUCAGUCAAAGUAUGAGUAGAACAAUGUUGAUAUUGUUAUGAUAAAUGUAAAAUCCGGCCUCUGGUGGUAGACCACAGGCUAAAAGAUGAGAAUAAAAAAAGAUGGAUAUUCUGUGACUUUAAAAACGAAACUCUCCGUGGAUACCCUUGUGAAGCUCUGUUGGUGUAACUUCACGCUUUCCUGAAUGUUAUCUGUCUGUCACAAAUCAUACAUCUAAUGUGAAUGUUGCCGGAGCUCAGUUUCCUGAAUGCAUCUCUACCAUUAACAAAAUCUUUAACUACCUUUGGCUUAUUAUGAUACAACGAUGCUAAUAACCCAAAACACAAGAACCAAGCAUGUCAUCUGUGUGUGGUUUUUUCUGUCGGUAGUUUUUUUUAUUGGUGAUGUAUUUCUGUUCUGGUGAUUGGUUUUCUCUCCUGUUUGUAUGCCAUUAAUUACUCAAACAAGGAUAAAGUCAUAGAUCGGAAACCAUUACAUUAAAUAAUAAAUGAACUAUCAAAAAGUGAUGUCAGGAAAAAAAAACAAAAAACAACACAACAAAUAUAUAAAAAAUAAAAGAAACGUUGCUCUACUUUGUUCAUAGAAAUGCUUCUACCUUUUAUUGCUACUGUAAGUUGAAAAAGGCAAGAAGAUGAGGAGCAGUAAUAGUAGUACAGGAAGACAUUAUCAGUUCACAGUAUGAGCUGAUCGUGGUCGGCAGUGUUUCCUAUUUCUACUCUACCAUGCGUUAAAAUGAAAAGGAAAUGACUGAAAAACUAUUUUACAUAUAUAAAAAAAGUACAUGAUAUGAACUUUCACCACCUCCCUCUUCAACGUUGACUUUGUUUUUUUUCUGUCACUGGCAAACAAAUUCGAAAUGACCCCGCGUUCAUCCCUCUCUCCACUGCCUUUGCUUGACAUCUGAGCUGUUUCUCCCCCUGGAAAUAUAUCCGGACAUCACGACAAAAACACUAAGUGGAAGCAGGGCACAGUGAAAUGUUUAGGCGUGACUUUUUUCUUUUUAAGGAAUUUCCUUGGGGAAGAGUAAAACCCAUUGCCCCAGAUAUUUCAACAGGGGGGGAGAACAAAGCAGGAUAUAAAUAAAAAGCAACUUCAGCCUG